CCUGCCUCCUUGCAGGGGGCCCUUUCACGUGAGCCGUGCGGCGCCGGGAGCGAGGCCGAGCCUGGCCGGUUGUCUCUUUAAAUCGGCUCUGCGGCCGGUGAUGGGCGCGGGAAGAACCACUCCCAGCCUGCGGCAGGGAGCCGGCCGCCGCGCCGCCAUCCGCCUCCCCCAUCCCCAUGGUUACGGCUCCCGCUUCCCGCCGGCCCUCGUCCGCGGCUGCCGCCCGCGGAAGCCGGCGCAAGCGGCUGGCGCUCCUCGCCCGCGUCCCGGGAGCUGCGUGCUGAGCGCCGCGCUGCAGGUCUGCCCGCGCUGGCUCUGACUCACGUCUCCCGGCCGCAGCCCUGCAAUCUGUUGAUCGCCCGCGAGCCCGGCGCACGGGCCCUGGGAAUGGAGACCCGCGCCCCAGCACGGCGAGCUCGCCGCGGCUCCCCGGCAACAGGCGCAGCGCCGCUGCCGCUCCGGCUGUUUUUGCCAAAAUAGGUGGGCCCACUCUCACCCACCCCACCGGAGUCGCCCUGAGGCCCGUGGCCCGGGGCUCACCCCCGUGGCCGCUGCUUGGGACCUUGACCUUCUGGACGGCCAUGGAGGCUGGCAGGGAGAGAGGCGCAACAUAGUCGGCCGGCGGCAACGCCACCUGCCUCCACGGCGCCCGCCCCUCAGCAACUCCGCGUGCUCAUGGAUCUGAAGACUGUGCUCUCCCUGCCCCAGCACCCAGGGGAGUUCCUGCACCCCGUGGUGUACGCCUGCACGGCCGUCAUGCUGCUCUGCCUGCUCACCUCCGGCAUCACCUACCUCGUGCACCGCAGCGCCAUCCGCAUCAGCCGCAAGGGCCGGCACACGCUCCUGAACUUCUGCCUGCACGCGGCCCUGACCUGUGCCGUGUUCGCCGGGGGCAUCAACCGCACCGCCCACCCCGUGCUGUGCCAGGCGGUGGGCAUCGCGCUGCAUUACUGCACGCUCUGCGCCAUGCUGUGGAUCGCCGCGACAGCCCGGAGCAUCUACCAGCAGGUGACCAAGAAGGCGCCGCCGUGCCCGGGCGCAGACCGGCCGCCGUACUCCCGGCAGCCCCUGCUCAGGCUCUACCUCAUCAGCGGCGGCGUUCCCUUCGUCAUCUGCGGGGUCACGGCCGCCACCAACAUCAAGAAUUACGGCCCGGAGGACGAGGACGCAGCGUACUGCUGGAUGGCCUGGGAGCCCAGCCUGGGCGCGUUCUACGGGCCGGCGGCCUUCAUCGCGCUCGUCGCCUGCGUGCACUUCCUGGGCGCCCACGUGCAGCUGCGGCGCCACCCGGAGCGCCGGCACGAGCUCAGGGGGCGGGCGGAGGAGCAGCACCGGCUGCCCGGGCCGGAGGCCGCCCCCAGCCCCCGGGCGCCCCCCGGGCGGCCGCCCGCCUCGCUGCUGCAGAACGAGCACUCCCUGGAGGCCCAGCUGCGGGCCGCGGCCUUCACGCUGCUCCUGUUCGCGGCCACCUGGGCCUUCGGGGCGCUGGCCGUGUCCCAGGGCCCCUUCCUGGACCUGGUCUUCAGCUGCCUCUACGGCGCCUUCUGCGUGACGCUGGGGCUGUUCGUGCUCAUCCACCACUGCGCCAAGCGGGACGACGUGUGGCACUGCUGGUGGUCCUGCCGCCCCGCCCGCCGGGGCGCCCGCCCCGCCCUGGACGCCAACGGGGACGCCCUGGGGCGCGCCGCCUGCCUGCAGGACCUGCCCUGCCCCGGCCGGCCGCGGGGCUUCGGCCACCCCGCGGCCGGCCACUGCAAGAUGACCAACCUGCAGGCCGCCCAGAGCCACGUCAGCUGCCUGUCGCCGGCCACGCCCUGCUGCGCCCAGAUGCACUGCGAGCAGCUGCUGGAGGACGCGGUCCACGCGCACGGGGAGGACCCCUGCGGCCACGACCCCUGCGGCCACGACCCCUGCGGCCACGACCCCUGCGGCCACGACCCCCGCCUGCACGGGUGCCUCCGGGGCAGGACGAGGCCGCACCACUUCGGCCGGCACCACGCGGCCGAGGCCGAGCAGGAGUACGCCUACCACAUCCCGUCCAGCCUGGACGGCAGCCCCCGCAGCUCGGGCACGGAGGACAGCCCCCCCAGCUCGCUCGAGGGCCCCGCGGGGACGCACGGCCUGGCCUGCUGCGCCCAGGGCGACCCCUUCCCCUUGGUCAGCCAGCCCGAGGGCGGCCGCGCCAGCCCCACCCUCUACGGCUGCGGCCCGCGGCCCGGCAGGGAGGGGGCCCGAGGCCCCGCCCACUUCGAGAUGCUCCGGCGGACACAGUCCCUGCCCUUCGGGGGCCCCGGCCCGAACGGGGUGCUCAAGGGCAGCCUGGGCGAGGCAGGGCCCUACGGCGCCGACAGCACCGGCAACAUCCGGACGGGGCCCUGGAGGAACGAGACGACUGUGUAGCUCGGGGGGCCGGCCCCCCCCUUGGCGGGUGUCGGGGCAGAGUGGGGACCCUCUGCCUCCUGGGGGCCGGGGUUGGGGGUCCCCACGUGACCGAGCCUCUCAGGAGCGGCUGGCAGCCCCCGCUGACCCCUCGCUGUGAAGGACUCCAGUGGGAACACACUUUGGGGGGUGGGUGCCGCCUCCCCAACCCUGAGGCCGGACAAGCCGUCCACGCCCACAGCCACAGCUUUCCAGCCACAGCCCCCGGCCUCCCGGCCACGCGGCCACGGCAGCAGGCACCACGGGUGUGUUCCAGUGUUCAGCGCGUGCGUUGAAUUUUGUCCCAGGUGUGGGGGUGGGCAGCCUGCUGGUCAGUCUGGUGGGCUCCAGGCCUGGGGACCCCUGUCCGAGCCUGUGCCAGCGCCACACCCACCCGCAGCCCCCCUCCUAGGUGCAGCCCCCACCCCGCAGGCCCGGG